CACACGUGUAGCUCAAAGAAGCACGCGCCGUGACCAUUAUGGGGCUUGACAGUAUAGAUGUACAUCAUCAAGAUGGUAUCUUCGCCAGGUGGAAGUGGGGCAAGAAGAAAGAAGAGAAGGCGGCCGCGGCGGCGGCGGCGGCAUCAGCAUCGGAACGACGAAGUCGCCCGUCGUUGCCGCCUCAACCGUUGUCGACCCCGCAUGUGCCUGUCUCCAUUCGUUCUGCCGUUGGAAACGAAGGAUCUCGGUCGGAAACUCCUCGCGGAAUCUUCUAUUCGGAACGAGGUCCAGCUACGGGUACUCCGCGAACGCGUGUCGCCCGCAACAGCCACUCCUUGCUUGCCCACGGCCCUGACCUCGCCCAUCAAUCAGCCGUGGAAGGCAAGCUUCUCUUAAUGCACGAAUCCACGUCCUUGGAAUGGUACAAGAAUCGCAUCAAGCAACUGGAAGGCCAAGUCGACGGCAAAGAAUGUGCAUUGUGUGUCGAAACCACAGCCGAAGCUACCAAAGUAAAGGCACGCCUCGAAGCCGACAUCGAACGCCUUCGCAACCGCUUGUCGAGCUUGUUUGAUGAGAAAUCUGCUGUGGAUGCCCAACACGAAGCUGCAGUUGCAUCGGUUCGGGAAGAACUGCUGGUAUUGGAAGGUUUGCACAAGGACGUGACCGCCGAACUUGCAGCGGCCCAGUCGUCUCUUGCCGCGUCCAUUGCCACCGUCGACUCUUACAAGGCUGAAAUCAUCUUGUUGCAAGGUAAGGUGACUGCAUUGGAAGAGGCUUCUGCUGCGGCGGCAGCCGCUGCCGCCGCCGCCGCGUCAGCACACGAAGCCGCGACGCAGGAACAUUCUCGCUCCAAGUCGGUGUUUGAAGGUGAACGCAACAACUUGUCGUCCAAGAUUGCCGCACUCACCGCCGCUGCGGCGCUUGCGACCUCGGCCCACGACGCCAGUUUGGCCUCUCAUCGCGAAAACCUGUCUGCCGUCGAAGCCCAGCUUGCGGCGUUGACGGCGACGGAAGCGACCACCGCCGCCGCGUAUGCUGCGUCGAAAGACGACGUUGCUGCCAAGGAAGCGCAAAUCCACGUGUUGACAGCCAAGCUAGCUGCUUUGGAGGCCGACGCUACAGCUGCGACGGCUGCCCAUACGGCAUCGGCGGAGAAAUUGUUGGCAGAACGCGAAGAUUUGCAGGCACAACUGGCUGCUUUGAAGGCAUUGAGCACGACCGACAAGAGUGCAUUGGGUGGUGAAGUCGAGUCUUUAACGGCUCGGCUUGCGGUCGUGUCGAUACAAUUGGCAGAAUCGACGUCGUCUGCCGCCGCGAUGUCGGCAAAGUUGACCGAGUCCGACACCGCGUUGGCUGACAAGUCGGCGCAUGCGGAAGCGCUUCAGAUCGAGUUGGAUGCACUCAAGACCCAAGUGGCGGCAGCUGCCGCUGCGGCGACCGCGGCUGCGGCUGCUCAUUCGUCCACGUCUCAACAGAUUGAAAUGACCAAGAAACAAGUACAAGACGAGCGCGAUCAAUUGAAGGUAGAGCUCGCGGCGCUCAUCUCGACCCACAGCACCGAAAAGGCCUCGUUGGAUGCGUCCGUCGCCGCGCUGCAAGACCACGUGGCUUCGUCCGACGCCAAGUUGGCCGCGUUAAGUGCGACCCAAGCCGCGACUGCGGCGGCACUGGCCGCGGCGGAAGCCGACGCGUCGUCCAAAACGGCGCAAGUGUCGUCGUUGCGUGCGGAUUUGGCCAAACUCCAAGGCGAAGCGGUUGCUGCAUCUGCUGCCGCCGCCGCGGCCGCUCUCGUGCAUGCGUCGGCGAUCGAAUCGCACGCCCAAAACAAAAAGGAAGUGGAAGCGCAGCGCGAUACGGCGCAGGCAGAGCUGGCGGCGCUCGUGGCCGCCCGUGCCGCUGACCAAGCUGGCCACGAGGCUGCUCUCGCGGUGGUAACGAAGCAACUCGACGAUGUCCACGCGCAGGUGGCCACGGUCACUGCUGCCCAAGCUGCAGCUCAGUCUGAAUUGGCCGCUGCCCAGUCUGACAUUGAGUCCAAAAAGGCUGAGAUCAACCUCCUCACGUCAGAAGUGUCGGCGCUGUCGGCGUCCCUUGCGGCCGCCCAAGCUGAGAUCACGACCACGACGGCCCACGCUCAAGUUGAAUUGGCGGCGGAAAAGGCCUCUCAUGAAGCGGAUGUCCAGGCGCUGACGGCAAAGUUGGGCGCCAUGGACGUCAAGUUGGCCGACCUGUCAUCGGCCCAAGCAGCGUCUGUGACGGCGUUGGCCACGGCCGAAGCUGACACGGCUACUUCCAGGGCCCAAGUGGCUCAAUUGACUGCCGAUCUCGCGGCUCUUCAGUUGUCGUCGUCAGAAGCCACACUUGCUCACUCGACUGCGAUGGCCACGCACACCCAAGCCAAAGAACAAGUCGAACGCGAACGCGACGCUUUGAAGCAACAAGUGGCUACCGCUGUGGCCGCUCAGUUGGCGGACAAGGCAGCCCACGAAGCCACGCUUUUGGCUCUGCAAGGGGAUAGCAGUGCCCAGGUUGUUGCUUUGCAAACCAAGUUAUCUGCACUGGAAGCCACCCACGGCGCGACGAUCGCUACGAUUGGAACGUUGGAAGAGCAAGUCGCCGCUGAAGUGGCAGAGAAGGCUGCGUUGGCUGCACAAGUGUCGGCACUCACUGCCUCCCACAGUCAAACCGUGCAAGGCAUCGAAGGCGAACGCAACGAAUUGAAGGAGCAGGUCACGACCCUCCAGGCGACGCGUCUGGCCGACCAAGCCGCGCAUGAUGCCAAGGUGUCAACACUCGAAGGUGACUACAGCGCCAACGUGGUCGCGCUGGAAACGAAGGUGGCGAGUUUGGAAGCUGCCCACCACGCGACUCUAGCGACCGUCGAAACCUUGGAACAACGUGUGGCGUCCCAGUCCACCGAGAACGCGUCGUUGGUCGCAGAAGCUGCCGCUGCAUCGGCUGCUCAGACCCAAGCAAAGACGGUCCUCGAAGGUGAACGCGACGCAUUGAAGGACCAAGUGGCGACGCUGUUGGCAGCCCAGUUGGGUGACAAGGCUGCCCACGAAGAGAGCUUGUUGUCCCUUCAACGUGACAGCAGUGCCGAAGUGGCCGCUUUGCAGACGAAAUUGACUGCAUUGGAAGCUUCGAACGCCGUGACGGUUGCUACCGUGGGCUCGUUGCAGCAGCAAGUGACGGUCGCGUCAGACGACAAGGCGGCGCUCGUGGCGCAAGUGUCGUCGCUCACUGCCGCACAAACGGCGGCCGAGGCUAAAGUCGUGGCGUUGGAAGGCAAGGCGGACGAGGCCAAAGCCCGUGAAGCGGCGCUACUGGUCGAAAUCGCCGCCUUGACUGCCCAGUUGACGGCCCUGCGCGGGGUUCAAGGCGAAGCGGACUCGCUCCGACAGGCGGAAUUGGAACGCCUUGCCAAGGAAGAACUGGACGCGGAAGCUGCGGCGGUCGAAGCCGCCCGUCUGCGCACGCUGGCCGAGGAAGAGGAGCUGAUGAAGCUCAAGCCGUACAGUACCGAGUCGCGGCUGUUCCGUGUGCAAGCGACCAAGUGCGUGGACUUGGUGGUGGCGGACUCGGUGUUUACGGGGGGAAAGAGCGACCCGUACAUUGUGUUUAAAGUGGGCGACGUCAAGUUCCGCAGCACCAAAGUGUGGGGCAACCUCAACCCCGUCUGGAACGACGAAGUGCACGAGUUUACACUCACGGAAGGGGCCAUGUACACGAAAUCAAUUGAAAUCCUCGUGUACGAUGCCGACAAGCUCGGCGACGACGAGCUCAUCGGAAGCGUCAAGCUGCCGCUCAUGCGAUUCGAACAACACCUUCCAUCCGGACAAGAAGAGGAGCUGGAUCUGGACAUCCCGCCUCAGUUCCAAGCGCAAGGCCGCUCGAGCAAGAUUUCCCUCAAGUUUGAACUGCUCACGGAAGAAAUGGAGAAAGCGUCCAAGGAGCAACUGCUAUGGGAGAACGAACGCCUCGCCAAGGGCAAGUGGGAGAAGUCCAACCUCGUGGCGGGAGAGCGCAAAGCUUGGAGCGUCGGCGCUCGCUCGGGUGUGGAUCGCGCGGCCAUGCAGCCCAAGAUCCCCAGGGGCAUGGAGACCAAGCUUGGGUGGUCGCUCGACUUGGAUCAUGGCGGCGACGAAGGCUGGUACUACGCCAAGUCGUUUGACGGGCCGUGGGUUAACAACCCCAACGGAUCCAGCGAAGUGCGCCGACGAAUGUGGAUGCAGCGAUGCACCGCCAUCGUCGUCCAAGAUGACAGCAACCAAGACUCUCACGACACUUAGACCGUGUCGGCGUAGAUGUAUUCGUCGUGUAUCCAUCCAUCCAUCUCUCCAUCCUACGAACGUACUUGAUUUAUAGGACUACGAAGUAUAUGUGACUUGCAACGCUCAGGUCAUUUUAUUCAUGGCCCACACACACGUGUACUGGUUGACAGAGCGUCCCAACCAACCAGUGACGUUAUCACAUUAUUCCCUCAGUAAUUCACGGUCUACAGUACAAUGUACACUAACAUAAGUAAAGUUUUAUGGAAGCA